ACUGCUUCAAUGUAAGCACCACAAACUUUGAAUCAACUGCAUACAGCUGGAUAGUAGCUGGUAGACAUUUUCUUUCCAAGCUCCGAGGUCUCAUCAGUUCAUCACCAUGCCGACUGAUGCUCAGACUGAUGCUCGCUCCUUUCUGAGUGAGGAAAUGAUAGCCGAAUUCAAGGCAGCCUUCGACAUGUUUGACUCUGACGGUGGGGGUGACAUCAGCACCAAAGAGCUAGGUACAGUGAUGAGGAUGCUGGGACAAAAUCCCUCCCGAGAAGAGCUGGACGCCAUUAUUGAGGAGGUAGAUGAGGAUGGAAGCGGAACAAUUGACUUUGAGGAGUUCCUGGUGAUGAUGGUGCAGCAGCUAAAGGAAGACCAGGCUGGAAAGACCGAGGAGGAGUUGUCAGAAUGCUUCCGAAUUUUCGACAAGAAUGGUGAUGGUUUCAUUGACCGUGAGGAGUUUGGAGAUAUCUUGCGCUCCAUUGCAGAACCUUUGCCUGAGGAUGAAAUCAAUGAACUCAUGGCUGAUGCUGAUAAAAACAAUGAUGGCAAGAUUGACUUUGAUGAGUGGCUGAAAAUGAUGGAAAACAUACAAUGAUUGAGACAUUCUCCUGUAAUUGUGUGGCAUAUGAUUUGAAAUAUACAGCAAAAACAAGACAUAUAUCUGAGAAAGUAAAUUGGUAGCAUGUCAAAGAUAACUUAAUAAAAGGAUAGAAUCUAUGAUAGACCCA